CAGUGCUAUAAAAGCCAGAUGAGGCUCAACUUCCAGCAUCAGUUCCCCCUGUCAGCUCCAAUUGUACAGUCUACAGCUACCAGUCAUCAUGCGCGCUUUUAUCCUCCUCUGCUGCCUCUUUGCUGCCAGCUGCAGUGCCGAUAAGCUGGGCUACAACUACCAACCGGUGGCCCAUGCCGAUGAGGGUCUGUCCUUCUUGCCCGGAUCUGGUCAGGUGAUUGGAGCUGAACUUCCCCAGCAGCUGCUGCAACCGGUGCAAAGUGGUGAGGCCGUGCUCUCUCAGCCCAUUGAGGCUCCCCUUUUGGCACCUGUGGCUCCUCAAAUAGCUCCUCUGGUCGAGGAGUUCCAGAAGGAGUUCUACAGCUAUGCCGCCCCCGAGGAGCAGUUCGAUGAGGGCGCCAGCAACCAACAGAUUGCCAACUCUCUGAAGAAGAACCUCCGCGUGGUCUUCAUCCGUGCACCCGAAAAUCAGGGCUUCGAACAGGCUGCCCUCCAGUUGGCCAAGCAGUCGGCCCAGCAGGAGACCGCCAUCUAUGUGCUGACCAAGCAGUCGGAUGUGUCCAACCUGGCCAAGCAGCUGAAUGCCCUGAAGUCGAGCUCCACCAACAAGCCGGAGGUGCACUUCGUCAAGUACAGGACUCCCGAGGAUGCCCAGAACGCCCAGCUGGCCAUCCAGAAUCAGUACAACCAGCUGCCUGGAGUUUCGCGCAUCUCCAACGAGGGUCGUGCUCCAGUCCUGAACUUUGCCUCAUCCUCUCCAGUUGCUCAGCAGCAGGUUGCUGCUCCUGCAAUCCCCGCCACCCAGGCUGCUCCAGUGGCUGCUCCCAGCUCCGAGUAUCUGCCCGCCAAUGUGCUGGCUGGCCAGGAUUAUCUGCCACCCACUCUGCGUCGCUUCCGUGUCAAGUAAGGAGUCCUGCUGAAGUGAAAGUCCCUAAAACGGUAACGUUUCCUAAACCAAUCGCAUCGAAAAAAAACAACACCCAUUAGCUUUUAAGUAUCCAUGUAGAGGAAUAAAAUUUGCUUUUGCUGACAAA